GCAGCACUCACAGAAGAACAGAGCAAUGUACACACAGAGACUCCACCCCCAGCCCAUCUGACUCCAGGAAGUGCCCUCCUCUGGGAGGAGGCUGAGGUCUGGGAAGAAAAGCAGAGCAGACACCACAGGAGCCCAGCUUGGCAGCAGCCUGAGAGAUAAACCUCCUCUCCAGAGGAAGAGCCUAGGCCAUAAUAGAGACCAUGGAGCUCACCUCAGCCCCUCUCCACAAAGGACAGGUCUCCUGGAGGGGACUCCUGCUCACAGCCUCUCCCACCACUGCCCAAGUCGCUGUUGAAGCAGUUCCACCCCACCUUGCUGAAGAGAAGAAAGUUCUACGUGUACACAAUCUGCCAGCCUCAGUCCUUUUGUUUUACUGGUACAAAGAAGAAUCUGUGGUUGGGAGGAAUGAAAUUGCAGGAUUUAUAAUGUCCAAUAAUACAAGCAAAACAGAGCCUGCUUACAGCAGCAGAGAGACAGUAUACCCCAGUGGAUCCUUGCUCACCCAGAACGUCACUCAGAAAGGUGCAGGAGCUAAAGUAAUAUACAUGUUGUCGGAAAACUGUGACAUAAGAGUUGCAUUUGUGCAGUUCCAUGUACACCAUAAACAAUUGUAUCCUCUUGGUGGUGGGUGCAGCUCAUCCUACUUCUUCACAUACAUGGUUGUCAGUCCUGGAUGGCUCUGUGUUAUGGUCCCCACAUUGUGGUUCAAACAUUUAGUAAAGGACACACAGUGGAGAAAACGGCAAGCCUUUGCAAGAAUCAGAAGUACCACACAUGACAAUCAUCUCUCUGUGGUCAGCACAGCACUGCUACCCAAGCCCAACAUCACAACCAACAAUUCCAAUCCCUUGGACGGUGAUGACUCAGUAGCAUUAGUGUGUGAUCCUAAGACUCACAAUACAGCCUACCUGUGGAGGAUAAAUGACCAAACCCUCUCAGGAGAGGACAGGUUGAAGGACAACAGGACUCUCACUUUACUUGGUGUCAUGGGAGACCUUUUUGGGGGUCUUGGCUGGUCAAACCUGAUGUAUCUUAAUCUGGAACAAAUCCAUAGCCUCUGGCUUUCUGUGGAAACAAAAGCAGAGCCUCUUUUCCAAAGCAACAUAUCCUUAAGAAGUUCUCCAGCUACAGAUAGCAGAUCCUAUUCCUGCCUCAUCUAUAACUUUUUCCCUGGAGUCAAUAGGACCACAGUCAAGAACAUUACAGUCCUUAGUAAGUAGAUUUCUGAAAUAUCAGCACCAGGUUAGGAGUGGAGUCUUUUGGCUUCCUGGGAAGGUGCAGAAGCAUUGAAUUUCCAGCCCAUGUCUAUGGGAACAAGCAAAACUCAAUCCUCCCAGAGCUUCCUGCUCCAUCCCUAUGUCUAAUGGUCUCCUGCUUCUCUGAGUUCUCCUGGCUGAUAGAGAUGGAGCUUGGAAUGCGAGCAGGAGGUUCUCCCAGUUUUGGAAGGCCUUUGGUUGUGUGAGGGAUACUUAAAGUCAAGAUUUCUUUCUGUGACUCACACAAGUCUUCCUGUCCCCUCUAUUUUCAUUUAAUGACCUCCAUGACCUAGAAGAAACACUCAGGGCUGUGCUCACAUGUUUUUUCUCCAAAUUGGGGGAGAAAAUUCCCCACAAAUGGGGACCAGCAGUCCAGAGCUCUGCUCCCAG